AACAACUUGAAACUCAUGGCGUUUACUGGAUUGUCCGAAGUAGCUUUUUUCGAUGAACUCCUUCGAAACAUCACCACCAGCGUGCCGGGCUACCAGGUUGCCAACGCGCAGGAGCGUGACAUCGUUAUCAAGUCUCUGACUACUUUGCUUGCACAAGCGGAACUACAGGCGAUCGCGGAAAACAGUGGCCUUCGUCGUUUCAACCUCAACACCGUCCGGCCUUGUCGUUAUAGUUUCCCUGUGUCCGACUACAAAUCUGCGAUUGCGCUGGGAGAGACUUUUACGAAUUUGAAAUUGGGGACGUUGCAAGAUAUCCUCACGCGGUUCGCCAUGGGAAGUGACUUCGACCUGGCCCGUUUCGCAGCGUCCAUAGCCGGCCAGAAGGGCCAACAGUCUGGCUGGUUCCGCACUCUUCAAAACAAGGUAGCCAGUGACGUGCCUUUUCCGACGACGGGCAAUGUCGACUUUCUCUUUUCGGCUGUCCAGAGAUUCAUCGUGCCGAGAAACUGCUCUAGCAUUGCCGAUAUUCCCCUGCAUACCUUCCAACCGCUGAACAUCCUUACGCCUCCUGGUCCCCGAACGCAGCUUAUCCGGGUCUCCUGGAAGCCUACCACGGGCGAUAAGUCGGGACAACUAUGGAUGACCUACAUCAACCAGCUGAAUACGCCUAUCGCCGAGCGGAUGAACAUUAUCUCUAGCAACAAUGAAACGGUAGUGGCCGAGGCGUUGUUUCCGUAUGAGAAGUACCUUUUGAACGGAUUGACCAUCGCAGCGGUAACCACCAGCGGCGGACCGUUUGCGAAUGCAGCCGAGGUGUCACAGGCGACGGCGUUUGGACCAGGAUUGAUCACUGUUAACUGACUCGCAUCAUUGUUAGGUGCUUAGCAGCUACUCGUGUUGAUACAUGUUCUACGAAGGCUUUUGUAUAUAUUAUCCUCAGAGUCAAUUAAUUGAACCAUGCGUUGGGUUAGCUUUUAACCAAUAAGGAUCCAAAAGUGAGUAAUAAAGUAGGUACAAGAAGAGAAACGAUAUUAUGCCGAGUUCACCAGCUAGCCACUAGGGCUAUACCCUCCGACAUGAGUAACAUGUUGUUUUGAACAUCCUCCUUUCCCUUUUUACAGGUGUCCCUGGCCAGCGUUGCUGGUGACGCUCGAGGCAACCUUAGAGUAAGCAUCAGCAGAAGCAAUGUUCUGGCCCUUGAACUUGGACAACAGGCUAGUGUCGUCCUGGUUGAAGGUACCAGAGUUACCGAAGCCGUUGACCUCGCAGUC